ACUCCAUUAACUGUAUGUCUCUCUCCCCCUUCACCCAAAAACACACACUACUUCACACUUUUGCUCACACACAUCACACGUCUCACUUUCUCUCUCUAGAGCUAUGUGAUCUUCAACUUCAACAACGACAACAACAACCAUGGCAGCAAUAUCUCAUACUGUUCAUUAAUGGGCUCCAUUCCUACACCGUAGAUCCUUUCCCCGUUUCUUAAAACCCUAACCCCUGAUACAUGCAUUAAAGACGGAAGCAGAACAUGGCACAGAACUCCGACCCCAAAUCACCAGCUAUAGGUUCUGAUGCUGACUCCUCACCUGCAAUGCAUCCUUGCUCUUGGGCCAAACACACCGGCUUCCGCCCUAGGUUUUCCGGCGAGAGCAAUGCAAGCGACUCUGGUCAGUCUACCAGGCCCAAUAAUCCCUCUCCUCCUGCUUCGCUUGAUCUUGAAACUAGUCGUGUACGCCCAAUUCCGACUGUGAACGCCACGGCGCCAGCGCCGCAGCCGGCUAAUGCUCAGGCGCACCCGCAAUCGGAUAAUGAUCAGUCGGCAACGAAAAGGAGAGACGCGCAGGGUGGUUCUGCACCGUUGCCGCCGAAGCGAGGUGCUAAUGGACACGCUAGAAUUGCUGCUGCGGCUGAGACGCCAACGUCGACGCCUCCUCAGCCGAGUCGGAGGGCAGCGAGGAAUGGUGACAUCGAAAGUACGUUGCCCCAAGUUUUUGAUGAUUCUCGUCGUUCACAUAUGAAGUAUGAGCUUAGAGACACUCCUGGUCUUGUUCCAAUUGGGAUCUAUGGAAUCCAACACUAUCUUUCAAUGUUGGGUUCACUAGUUCUGGUUCCGCUUGUGAUUGUUCCAGCCAUGGGUGGCGACCAUGAGGAUAUGUCAAUGGUGGUUUCGACUGUGCUAUUUGUGUCAGGAAUCACGACACUUUUACAAGCUAACUUUGGAUCAAGAUUACCCCUUAUACAAGGUCCAUCUUUUGUCUUUCUUGCUCCUGCUCUUGCAAUCAUAAAAUCCCCUCAGUUCUUGGGUCUCCAUGAAAAUAGUUUCAAGCAUAUAAUGAAGGAGCUACAAGGAGCCAUUAUUAUUGCAUCAGCUUUUCAAGCAUUACUUGGAUACACUGGCCUCAUGACUCUACUCUUGAGAUUGAUCAAUCCAGUGGUUGUUUCCCCAACUAUUGCAGCUGUUGGACUUUCUUUCUACACUUAUGGUUUCCCACACCUUGGUGAAUGUCUUGAAAUCGGCAUUUUACAAAUCUUAAUAGUUAUUAUAUUUUUUCUCUACCUUCGUAAGGUUUCCUUAUUCGGGCAUCGUGUAUUCCUAAUAUACGCUGUACCAUUGGGAAUGGCUAUAACAUGGGGAAUCACAUACAUUCUGACAGAAACAGGGGCAUACAAAUAUAAAGAUUGUGAUGUCAAUAUAAUAUCUGAUCACUGCAAAAAACAUAUUUCCAGGAUGAAAAGUUGUCGGGCAGGGGCAAAUACGUCAAUUGCAUUAAAAUCUUCACCAUGGUUUAGAUUCCCUUACCCUUUACAAUUUGGUACCCCCGUUUUUAACUUGAAAUUGGCAAUUGUUAUGUCUGUGGUGUCCAUUAUUUCUUCAGUGGAUUCAGUUGGAUCGUAUCAUGCAUCGUCAUUGUUGGUGGCAUCUAAGCCACCUACACCGGGUGUUGUGAGCCGUGGGAUUUGUGUUGAGGGUAUUUCUGGCAUUUUGGCUGGUUUAUGGGGGACAGGAAUAGGGUCAACUACUUUGACCGAAAAUGUGCAUACAAUUGCUGUUACAAAAAUGGGUAGCAGAAGAACAGUUGAGUUAGGGGCGUGUGUUUUGAUCAUAUUAUCCCUCGUGGGUAAAGUAGGAGGGUUAAUAGCGUCAAUUCCUCAAGUUAUGGUUGCGGGCUUGUUAUGCAUAAUGUGGGCCAUGCUUACAGCAUUCGGGUUAUCCAAUUUACGUUACAGUGAGUCCGGAAGCUCCCGGAACAUCAUAAUCAUCGGACUUUCUUUAUUUUUUUCCCUUUCUACCCCUGCCUAUUUUCACCAAUACAAUUCCAACUCACCCUUUCAGCCUUACAUUGUCGCCUCUCAUGCCCCAUUUCACACCCACUACAAAGGGCUAAAUUAUGUGAUGAACACGUUGUUGUCACUUCACAUGGUGAUAGCUUUCCUAGUAGCCAUGAUUUUGGACAAUACUGUCCCUGGAAGUAAGCAAGAACGAGGGGUAUACGAGUGGGCCCCACUAGAGGCUGUACGUGAGCCGGCUGUUGUUAAAGACUACGGGCUUCCAUUUAGAGUUGGGAAAUUUUUUAGAUGGGUCAGAUGGGUCGGGCUUUAGACUCAGGAAAAUUGAAUUAGUGUACAUGAAAAUUUUGCCACGUGGGCCAUGUUGAUGGGCCUGACCCGAUCCGUUUUUGAAGUUUGGGGUUUUGGUAGCUAUUUUAUUUAUUUGAGGAUUUUGUUUUGUUUGCUAUGGGAAUGAUUAGUGGAGACUGUAAAGUGGUAUGAAUAAAUAUUUUUUUGAGAUGUAAAUUUUAGGUUUGUGAUAAUGUGAGUGAGGUUAACUAAGCAUAUACAUUAACCAUAA